AUGCGUGAAGUCACUCCACUCCUUUUGAAUCCAGGUCGUUUGCGCUCGAGUUUUCCGCCAUCCUCGCGAUGCUAUCGUUUCCCGGUUUCCCGCCGGUCUAUCUCGUCAGGGCUUCGCUCGACGACCCCCUCUAAUGGGAUCCUGCUUUCCGGUCGCAAUGCCAUCCAGCAUAGAGGCGGCUAUUCGGCCUUAAAAUCUGUUGAUCGAGAGCUUGGCCUGCCGUUGUUCUCCGCAUCGUUCUCUACCUCGCCGCGAUUGUCCGAGCCCGACUGGGAUGCGAACCCGAAUUUGGACAUUUCUGCUUUUUCAGAGCUCCCAACGAAAGAUUUCGGGGUAAACCAACAUAUGGUUAUCAACCAAGAGUUCAAGGAAGCGCUACGUCAAAUCCUUUGGCAAUUCCGGGCACCAAUUCGGUAUGCAUUCGCGUAUGGUUCAGGCGUUUUCCCUCAAUCGGGAAGCGCACCUGGGUCGGACGGAUGCCACCCGUCAGCCCCUGCAGCGAUCAAGAACAUGCAGCAGGGCAAGGGGAAGAUGAUUGAUUUUAUAUUCGGAGUCUCGUAUAGUCAGCAUUGGCACUCUCUGAACUUGCACCAGCAUCGUGAUCACUACUCCGGAUUAGGUUCGCUGGGAUCCUACGUCGUGUCCCAAGUACAAGACAAAUUUGGUGCUGGGGUCUAUUUUAACCCCUAUAUCACUGUCAAUGGAACUUUGAUCAAGUAUGGUGUCGUUAACCUGGACACACUCUGCAAAGAUCUCAGUAACUGGGACACUAUGUACCUCGCGGGACGACUGCAGAAGCCCGUCAAGAUCCUCCGGGAUCACCCGCAAGUACGCCUGGCGAAUCAGAUCAACUUGCUCUCCGCUUUACGAGUAGCAUUGUUAUUGCUGCCCUCGGAGUUCAGCGAAUUUGAACUUUACAAUACAAUUGCCGGUUUGAGUUACAUGGGCGACAUCCGCAUGUCAUUGCCAGCCGAGGACCCCCAGAAGGUGAGAAACAUUGUCUCUGGGCAAAUGGCUAACUUCCGGCGGCUGUACGCUCCGCUGAUUGAAAACCUCCCCAACGUCGUCUUCGACGACCCGCGAUGCACUCAACGCGACUGGAUCGAUGAUCCUGAAACCAAUGUGCGGAUUUCUCAAGAUAUGGAUCCAGUGAAGCGCGGUAACAUGGUCAGCCGGUUGCCCCCAGCAUUCCGGGAAAAACUGUACUUCCAGUACCAAGCACGAUACCAGAUCCCGCGGGCGGAAUUCGAGAAGAUGAAGGAGGAGAACAGCAGCAAGGAACCGGAAACUUUUCGCCGGAGACAAGGUGGCCCGUUUGAACGGCGCAUCGCAGAUGACUCGAGCCUCAAACACGAGGUAGAGACAUCAAUCAUGAAGACCAUCCGCUGGCCCAGUACAGUGCAGAGUGCAAAGGGGCCAAUUACUGCGGGAUUUGGCAAAUCCUGGCGAUACAUGCGGGAGAAGCAAAAGAAGUACAAGGGGUCCGGCAGCCAUUCCGCAGCAUCAAAGCCAGACGAGCGUCCUUCUGAAGCGGAAUCACAAAAGCCAAAGCCAAAGCAGGAGUAA